CGAGCUGUGCUGCUCUCUGCCUCUCUGCCCCCGCCCCUCUGCCCGUGAAAGCGCGAAGAACGAACCGCAAAAGUAACGCCAAAAAACAAUCGAAAGGGGGUGAACGCCCACGCGACUCCAAUAAGUGCUCCAAGCUGUGUCUGUGAGUGUCUCAAACGAGUGUUUUUCCACAAGCCACAACCAGAGAAGAAGAAAAAGUGCUGUGAUUACAACAACUGCCCCAAUAUCUCCCCUCCCCACCCUCACCAAAGAACGGCUCAGCUUCAGUUCAACUCGUCGCCGGAGUAGCAGCAUCCAUCCAGGAGCAUCGUUUCCAACCUCACAUUUAUUUUGUGCCGCUCUGCAGACCACUGAAUUUAGACAGCCCUGGUAAAUCGGUUCUGUUCUCCGCCACACACCCCACCCGCAGGACACAGGACACAAAUAAGGACCCUUCUGCUGAAUUCUUUUUGUACAAAAAAAAAACCCCCAACCAAUACCAUCCCACUCCACCCUCAGGGUAAGGGACGAAACGAAAGCAGCGACUUGUAGAAACAUGGACAAGCGCUCAAGGGCGGCACAAAGAUUUUCCGGACAAUAUUCCACAGAUUUAAUUGCAUAAUUUCCACGGCACGAUCGACACGAUCCACACGAAGGCUUCCAUUUAGAACGAAGAAAUCGGUGAACAAAGCUACUUCCAAAUAUUUGAAGAAGGAAACUCGAGCGCACACUGCAAAUGACAAAAACUGCUUCCUAAUUUAACUUAAGCGGAGGAUCAAACGGAUAAUAAUACUAUACUAAAAGACGGACGGAACAGAACAGCUAUCGAACAUGUCACACGCGGUCGUUAAAAAAACAGAAACGGACACCUGCAAUAGCAGCGGCAGCAUCGGCAGCCUGAAACAGUCCCCGCAUCCCGCACAGAGUCACGAUGCCAAGCUCCUAAACGGGAGCCUGACCUCGCACCAGCAGCCGCAGCAGCAGCCGCGCACCAAUGGACUAACCCAUGCAGCCGCAUCUACGGCUGCCUCCUCCGGCUACGUGUCCGUACCCGGCUCCGGCGGCAGCGGAAUCUCCCCCGCGGCAGCCAUGGCCGGCAUCCUCUCCGGCGCAGGAGCAUCGACGGCCCUUCCCUUGCCCCCCAACAGCAACGGCCUGCAGUCGCCGUACGAGCGCUACCGCGCAGACGACAGCAGCUACGUGCCCGUCGGACAGUUCUUUGCGGGACGCAGUGUUUUCAUCACAGGCGGAACUGGUUUUAUGGGAAAGGUGCUGGUGGAGAAAUUACUGCGCUCAUGUCCGGACAUAAGGAAUAUAUAUCUACUGAUACGACCGAAACGUGGCCAGGAGGUGUCGGCACGUCUCACGGAACUACUGAAUGCACCACUCUUUGAAUCACUGCGUCGCGAGAAGCCCAAGGAAUUAAGCAAAGUCAUACCAAUCUCGGGGGAUAUAACAUCCGAGGAGCUGGGAAUCUCAGAGAAAGAUCAGAAUCUACUAUGUCGCAACGUUUCCGUUGUCUUUCAUUCGGCUGCCACUGUGAAAUUCGAUGAGAAGCUCAAACUGUCUGUCACAAUCAAUAUGCUGGGCACGAAACGCUUGGUCGAGCUGUGUCAUCGCAUGCUGUCGCUGGACGCGCUUAUCCAUGUCUCCACUGCCUAUUGCAAUUGCGAUAGAACCGAUGUGUGUGAGGAAAUCUAUGCACCACCCUACAAUCCCGACGACAUCAUCUCGCUAAUCAAUUGGCUUCCGGAGGAUAUACUCGAUCAGCUUACACCGCGUCUGAUUGGCAAGCGCCCCAAUACGUACACAUUUACAAAAGCCUUAGCGGAGCAUAUGUUACUUAAGGAGGCUGGUAAUCUGCCCGUUGCCAUUGUGAGGCCAUCGAUUGUGACUGCCAGCCUGAACGAGCCGUUUGCUGGCUGGGUGGACAACUUUAAUGGGCCGACGGGCCUGGUCUCGGCGCUGGCCAAGGGCAUGUUCCGCACGAUGAUGUGCGAGAAGAACUAUGUGGCCGAUAUGGUACCUGUCGAUAUUGUGAUUAAUCUGAUGAUUGCCGCCGCCUGGCGCACAGCGACGCAUAAAUCCAAUAAUCUACUCAUAUACAAUUGCUGCACCGGCCAGCGCAAUCCCCUCAUCUGGUCGGAGUUUGUCAAGUACGCCAUGUGCAGUGUGCGCAAGCAUCCCUUGGAGGGCUGCCUGUGGUAUCCAACUGGGGAGCUGCGCAUGAACCGCCCCAUGAAUACGCUGAAUUGCAUAGUCAAACACUUUUUACCGGCCUACAUAGUGGAUGGAGUGGCGCGCCUGAUGGGCAAGAAGCCAUUCGUUGUCAACGUACAAAAUAAAAUUGCCAAAGCUGUGGAGUGCUUAGAGUACUUUGCCACACGCCAAUGGCGCUUCAAGGACGACAACGUCCACGCUCUGCUGCACACGCUCAGCCCCAAGGAUCGCGAGAUCUUUGUGUUCGAUGUGCGCCACAUACACUGGGACAAGUACGUCGAGCGCUAUGUGCUCGGCUUCAGGGAGUUCCUGUUCAAGCAGCGGCCCGAGUCGCUGCCAGACAGCAGAAAGCGUAUGGUCAGACUCUACUAUCUGCAUCAGCUGACCAAACUGGUCGCCGUGCUGCUCACCUGGCGCUUCCUGAUGUCGCGCUCGAAGCGCCUGAACGACAUGUGGAGCGGCUUCCUGGACAACGCGCUGAAGAUGGCGCGUUUGAUACCGUUUUUGUAAUAAACUGACACGAGUGAGCCACAA